UAUCAAAGCUUGCCGGUAUUUAUAUGUAAUCACAAAAAUUCAUAUCAAUAUCCAUUAAUAUAGCUAGUUUAUCUGGAUAAGCACAAUGAGUGUGAGUUUUAAUAGGAAUAUUGUGCAGAAAGGAUGCUGCAAGCUGCUCACACUAAACCGACACAGCAUACAGCAAUGGCUAAAGACUUUCGAAACAAUCAUCUUUGAUGCAGAUGGUGUAAUCUGGAAGCACGAAGUGCCCUUGGCUGGUGCUCCAGAAACAUUUAAUGCUCUACGGGCAACGGGUAAGAAGGCCUUCAUAUGUACAAAUCACUCAUCCACUUCUGCUCUAGGCAUAUGGCAAAAGGCUCAAAAAAUGGGUUUACUUGUUGCAAAAGAUGAAGUGCUGUCAUCCUCUCAGGCUGCGGCUCGUUAUCUCAAGGAACAAAAAUUUCAACGCAAGGUCUAUAUAAUUGGAGGACAAGGAAUCGCAGAUGAACUGAAUUUAGUGGGCAUAGAGAGCUUGCCUCAGGAUGACGAAAAACUUUCAAUGACUUCUAUGCUGGAUUACGUUCAGAAUUUAAAAUUAGAUAGCAAAGUGGGAGCUAUAGUCGUGGGCAUGGACAAAUAUUUCAAUGUGCCCAAACUAACAAAAGCUGGAUGCUAUCUAAUGGAUUCCGGUGUUCUUUUUAUAGCCACAAAUCGUGAUCUGGCUUUUCCAGUGACUCACGAACGUUUCACACCCAGUAGUGGCAUAAUGGUCGCCUCGAUUGAAGCUGUGGCCAAGAGGGCACCCAUCACAUGCGGCAAACCCAAUCCUUAUAUAUGCAGUCAUCUGAUACGUCAAGGUGUGAUUAAACCAGAGAGAACCCUUAUGGUGGGCGAUAAUAUUUACACCGAUAUGCAAUUCGGUUAUAACUGCGGCUUCCAAACUCUAUUGGUUGGCACCGGAGUUAAUAGUCUUGCUGACAUCAAACAAGCUCAGGCCAAGGCAUCCAAAAUGCCUUUUCUAUACCAACAGAUUCCAGAUUUAUUUGUUCCCAAAUUGUCAGACCUAUUGCCAUUUUUAUCAUCACGAAAUAGGUGAUUGGUAUUAAUUGAAAACUCAUAUUAUAUUUGGUUCACAUUACAAAAUAUAUACUACACAUUUCGCAAUG